AUGGAUCCUACUAGAGGUUCUGGCAGUUCUAAUACAAAUGCUAGAAUUAUUUAAGACUAAAUAGGCAUAAGCAUAAGUAGUGGUAAUUAUAUCAACACCAGGUAGAGAGACAAUCAAGAUAACUUAUCAACUUGGCAGCGAAUGUAAAAAGACUAAUCUCAAAACUCACAAAACACUUUCAACAUUUAAGCUCCAAAACAAAAUUAAGAUUCAAAAUACAAUAAUGGAAGUAACAUGCCUGACUUCGUGCAGAAAGUAGUAGCAAGUUAAAAUAUGCUAUCAAACUAGCAAUACGCAGGAUAGAAGAGAAGUUACGGGGAGUAUUCCUUUUAUGAGGAGUAGAGUGAAAACUCAAAUAUACAAGGAGGUGGAAACCUCUUUCAGCCUGCUUUUAAAUUGCCUGGAUCUAGUUAAAAUAGUAAUGGAGGAAAAGCUGCUAACACACAGGAUAGCAAAUUUAGAGAUAUUAUUUUCUCAAGCUAUGCUGAUAUCAAUAGAUUAAGCAAGUAAACAUAAGAUAGACUGUCUAAAGUAAUAAGAGAGGAUGAUGACAUUGAACUCAAAAACAUAAUCCAGCCACCUUAGAAAUCUUAUGAAAGAAGCAAAAUGGAAUUCUUAGAGUAGUAUAUGAAUAACAGGAAUCUAAAUGGGCAAUAGAGCAACAGCUAAAAUGGUGCAUUUAUGACAGGGGCCUAGCUUAAGAGUGAUAUGGAUAGAAUGAAGAGAAUGAACUAGGGUGGUUAAGGAGGAGGCAAUUACUAUGGAUAUGAUAACAACCAAAAUGGAAACAACAGAUGGAAUAAUAAUAACAACUCUAAUCCAUAUGGAGGUGGUGGUGGAGGUGGAUACCAAAAUAUGAAUAAUUAGUAUGGUGGCAACGGUUAUAACUAGUAUCAAGGUGGAGGAGGCCCAUAUAAUUAGAAUAGCUUUGGCAGGAAUGGAUAUGACUAAGGAAACAAUAAUUAUGGUGGCUAUUAUGAAGACGAGAACUCAGCAACUGAUAGAUUUUUAAAUAACUCUGGUCGCUAGCCAGGCAUUGGUGGUCGAAGGAAAUUUGUGAUACCAACUAAGGACAAAGCAGGCGGUGGAAGUGGAGGAGGAUAGCCUGGUAAUUUUCACCCUGGAAAGUCUGUGAUGCAACAUAUGCUUAAUGGAAAAGAUGACAAAAAAGAUGGGGAUAUUGAUAUAGUCUUAGAUGAGAGAUAUAAGAAUCUUGAUCCUAGGAUGGUUGAAUUAAUAGAGAAUGAAAUCAUGGAAAGAUAGUUGAAUGUUACUUGGGACGACAUAGCAGGAUUAGACUUUGCAAAAAAGACUAUUCAAGAGAUCAUCAUUUGGCCAAUGCUUAGACCUGAUAUAUUUACUGGACUUAGAGCACCUCCAAGGGGAGUCCUAUUUUUUGGUCCACCAGGUACAGGUAAAACACUCCUUGGAAAAGCAAUAUCAGCAUAAACAAACUCGACUUUCAUGUCUAUAUCAGCCAGCACUUUAACUUCAAAAUGGGUAGGCGAGGGUGAGAAAAUGGUUAGAACUAUGUUUGCAGUGGCAGCUAUCCAUCAACCCACAGUCAUAUUUAUAGACGAAAUCGAUUCCUUGCUUUGCUCGAGAAAUGAGAAUGAUAUGGAAUCCUCCAGAAGGAUCAAGACAGAGUUUCUAGUUUAGUUAGACGGAGCAAACACCUUUGCAGGAGAAAACGCCAAGAUAUUGAUUAUAGGUGCAACCAACAGACCAGAUGAUUUAGAUGAAGCAGUCAAGAGAAGGCUUAUUAAGAGACUAUACAUCCCUUUACCUAACAAAGCUGGCAGAAGAUAAUUCAUUCACAGGCUCAUAGAACACGAAACUCAAUCCAAUAAUCCACAUCACAUUGACUUAAGUGACAAGGAUGUAGACUUCCUAGUAGAAUUAACAAAAGGAUACUCUGGUGCAGAUCUAAAAUCUCUUUCAGCUGAGGCAGCAAUGAUCCCUCUCAGAUAAAUAGAUGAUAUUCAAAAUGUAAGUAUAGACAAUAUCAGGCCUCUAAAUAUUGAGGACUUCUAAAUAGCAUUAAACAAUGUGAAGGCUACUGUAAAUAAAGACGAUUUGCAGAAAUUUCUAGAUUGGAAUAAUAAAUUUGGGUCUUUUCCAAUAACUAAAGAAUAGUUAGACGAUUGA